CUCACCAAAAACCCUCGAGCUAAGCUCAUCUCUAUCUCACAGACGUCUUCCGAGCUACCAGCAAUGGCGAAGUCCUGCACCUUCCUGUUCGUCGCACUAGUCGUGCUCUUGCUUCUAGUGAGCCCCAUUGCUUGCUCCCGCAAGCUCGCCAAGCCGAACAAGCACAGGCCGAGACACAAGCCGGCAGUCAGGGCCCGCAGCAGCAGCAACCACACUGCCACACCCUCGAUGUCCGACGCCUACGGCUCCGGCGGCUGGUUGUCCGCCGGCGCGACGUACUACGGCGCACCCGACGGCGACGGCAGUGACGGCGGCGCGUGCGGCUACCAGACCGCCGUCGGGCAACGCCCCUUCUCGUCGAUGAUCGCCGCCGGUAGCCCGUCGCUGUUCAAGGGAGGCAAGGGCUGUGGCGCUUGCUACGAGGUUAAAUGCGACGGCAACGCGGCAUGCUCCGGCCAGCCGGCCACCGUGGUCAUCACCGACGAGUGCCCCGGCGGUGUCUGCCUUGCCGAGGCGGCUCACUUCGACAUGAGCGGCACCUCCAUGGGCGCCAUGGCGAAGCCCGGCAUGGCCGACAAGCUUCGCGCCGCCGGUAUCCUAAAGGUCCAGUACAAGAGGGUGCCGUGCAAGUACAGCGGCGUGAACAUCGCCUUCAGGGUGGACCAGGGCUCCAACCCAUUCUACUUCGAGGUGCUGGUGGAGUUCGAGGACGGCGACGGCGACCUCAGCGCCGUGGACCUGAUGGAGGCCGGUUGCGGCACCUGGACGCCGAUGGUGCAGAACUGGGGCGCGCUGUGGCGCUACAACUCCAACACCGGCAAGGCGCUCAAGGCGCCCUUCUCGCUCCGCCUCACCUCCGACUCCGGCAAGGUGCUCGUCGCCAACAACGUCAUCCCCGCCGGCUGGAACCCCGGCGCCACGUACCGCUCCCUGGUGAACUACUCCUAAAUUACAGCUGCAGCGUUAAGGUGUGUGCUUGCAUUGCAUCCGGGCUUUUGCGAGAGGCGGUGUCAGAAGAUGAGGAGGAGGUUGAAGGAUCGAGUUCUUCCCUCCCUCCACGGCCUCUGCAGUCCCCCUAGUGAUGUUUGAGUGUGUCGACUUCUCUGUAAUUUUGUUUUGUUUUUGUCGUCCCGGUCCCUUUGUUGCAAGAGCCGCGACCAAUUAUCAAUGUUGCAUGCAGAUGUAUAAGUUGUGUGAGUGUUUUUUUGUACCACGCAAUCCUUUGAGAUAAUUGAAGUACUGCUAUCUCAUUGUCGUCAUGAGUUAAGAGUGCACACUAUACUGACUUCUGAAAACAGCAAAGUCAAAUUAAACGUACUGGUUAAACCUUGAUUU